UAGGCAUUAAAUCGUCAUGAAAAAAUCUGUUAGUAGUCGCAACGCUCUAAACUAUGAUCUCUCUCCUUUAUUUUCUGCAGGUUGCAUCAUUUACAGCGGACAGGUAUCUGUGAGUUAUAUUGGGUUAUUGUAAAAUUGUAAGUUCACUGUUUUUAAUUGAAGGUGUUGUAUUUUUCUUUUUCAAGUGCAAUGUUGCCACCGCAAAUGAGGCAGACAUCUGUACUGGAGUCAACAGCACAGAGCUUCAGCUUCAACUAGACAGUGGAACGAUGAGUGGACGUUUCUGUGACUUUCCUGUGGAGGAACUUGCUUGUGCUUCUCUCUCAGCGUUAACAGCAGAGGACCUGGCAGCAGUGAUGAAGUGUGAAAGAUCCUUCAUCUUCAGUGGAUCCAAACCUGUCUGGAAACUUCUGCUGGUGAAAUCCACCAGAGUUCUGGAUGCAGCUCUAGACCUUCUAGCGAACACUACCUUUGACCCCAGCAGUCCCUCAGUGUCUGUGAUUCUGGACAGCAUCAGAGAAACCCGACUGGACCUGUUCAGCACAGACGCCCUGAACAAUCCCUUCAUGCUGCAGCUGUGGUUCAACAAACGUCUUCAUCCAUUCUUACCUGCAGUUUCCACUGAUUUCCUCUCAUGUCUGGCAACAAAGGAGCUGCAGUGCAGCUCCUACCAGUAUAUUUUGCAGAGUUUGAGUCAGGUCCAAACACAGAUGAAUCCAUCCAUUCAGAUGUCUGUGUACACAAACUACAUCCAGACUUACCUGAGCAGGAAUGACACUGCAGGUUGUGUGUCUGCCUCCAUCAGCAGUGUACAAUGGCUGAGCAUCAAUCUGGGUUCCUUCUCUGAGUUUGCCUUCGUCAGAGAGCUGUUCACUCUCUACCCAGAGUUCAAUCCUAUGGAGGCUCUCAGUGUUCUGAGUCCAAAGCAGAGUGCAGAGCUGCUGGUGCUGAAACAUCCCACUCUGCCAAACACAGACGUCAUUAUCAACAAACUCUUUGAUUAUUUCACUGAGUCUCCAAGAGAGAGGAAGUUUACAGAGUUCCUGUCAUUCCUUGUUGUGUUCCUGGAAAUGGAACCUCUUUCCUGCACAUCAUACAAAACACUAUUUACCCAACUUGACUUUAUUGAAGCUACAGCUUCUCUUGAUGUUGCUUCAUUUAUUCCAAGCAUCAGAGCAAACUUAUCCAAGAACAUCCUACCUGGUUGUGACAUAUUCAGUGGGGAGUGCAAUGCUGUCACAGCAAAUGAGUCAACUGUUUGUAUUGGAGUGAACAGCACAGAGGUUCAGCUUCAGCUCGAUAGUGGGAAGAUGGACGGCCGUUUCUGUGACUUUUCUGUGGAGGAAUUUGCUUGUGCUUCCCUUUCGGCAGUAACUGCACAAGACCUGGCAGAGAUAAUGAAGUGUGAUCGAUCGUCCAGCUCAAGCGGGUCCACACAACUCUGGAAGCUUCUUCUCUUUAAAACUUCUGGGGUGGUGGAAGAAGCUCUGGAUCUUAUAUCAAACUCGACAAUCAACCCCAUGAACACUUCAGCCUCCAUGAUCCUGGACAGCAUCCAAGAACUCAAACUUAACCAAUUCAGCAACGACACCCUGAAUGAUCCGUUGACUCUUCAACUGUGGUUCAAUAGUCGACUUCGUCCGUUCCUACCUGCUGUUUCCAAUGAUUUCCUUUCAUGUCUGGCAACAAAGGAUUUGCUGUGCAGCUCCUACCAGUAUACUGUGCAGAUUUUCAGUCAAGUUCAGCCACAGAUGAAUCUUCAUCAGCAAAUCUCUGUGUACACAAACUUCAUCAAGAUUUACCUGAAAAGGAACAACACUGCAGAUCCUGGCUGCAUCUUGAACAUCAACAGCAGCACAGAGUGGCUCCAGAACAACAUGGGAGGAUUUUCUUUCUUCUUGUCUAUUCAAGACAUUCAAGAGCUCUACCCACAAUUCUCAGCGAUGGAAGCCCUGCAAUUGCUGUCCGUCAGACAACUUGCAGAGGUUUCUACCACGCCUGGCCAACUCACAACUAUUGAUCAAGUCACCAUGGUGAUGAGUUACGUUCCUGAUCAACAACUUGGAUCCUUCUUUGAUAAUUUCUCGCCGGCCAUCUUGGAACGUGAAAACAUUCUUCCCUCCACUGUGAGGUCAGCCAUGUUGCAGGUUGUAUUUGAUCGUGCAAACCUCUCCAGUCCAUCAGUCAGUGAUGCUGUGGUGUUACUGUGGCUCCAAGUUCGACUCCGCCCCCUGCUGGUGAAUUUAGCAUCUUACCAUGUGGCUCCAUACUUUAAUAUACUGACAGGAAGAAACUGCAGCAUUGAGCAACAGGGUGUAACUCUUCUCAGUCUAACCAUCUCAUCUCUGAGUAAUGACACACAGACAGAAGUUCAAUACCAAAUCAUUCAGGCUCUUCAAGGUAAAUAAGCAAUAUAACGGGGAAGAAAGCGUAUCUUUGCAUUUUUUCCUUAAUUUGCUGAAAAGAAUAAAAGUGACCUAAACUUUACAUUUGACUGUAAUCUCAUCGAAUGUAGGUCUAUCCCCUCUCCGUUGCUAUGGUGACAGCUACAGCGUGAGCUUCUACAGUUUCCUGAGGAGCUCCUUCAUGGGAUUCCAGUUCCCCAACCUGACCACCUUCCUGUCCCUCAUGCCUCAAGACCGAAAGCAACAGCUGAUAAACUCCAUGCCUCCAUCAGAUCUUGGGGAUUUC